AUGAACGAAAUUACCAUUCAAUGUUCAAAUUGCAGACAACCAAUUGCAGAAUCAAAACAUAUGUUACAUGAAACAUAUUGUUUACGUAACAAUAUAAAAUGUCUUAAAUGUGGUCAAUUUUAUGAUAAAAAUGAUCCAGAAAGUCAUGAGGAAGAGUAUCACAAAAAAGAAAAAUGUUAACAUUGUUCAUAGGAAUUUGAAGGUUUCUUUAAUAAUAUAUAAAUAGAUUUAAAAAAGCAUAAAUGUAUCAAGAAACCAAAGUAAUGUAUGCAUUGUGAUCUAUCAUUUCCAAUUGAUUAAAUAUUUUAACAUGAAAAUUAAUGUGGGAGUAGAACAUAAAAAUGUGAAAUAUGCAAUAAUUAUGUCAUGAUUAAAGAUUAUUAAAAUCAUCUGAAAACUUGUUAACCUAAAGCAAAGGUUGAACCAUCUUUAAUUCAGAAAAAACCAACUAGUUAAGAAAUUUUUGAUAAACCUAAUUAUGAUAAAUUUGAUGAUAGAAUAGAUUAAUAGAAAUUUAAUAGCAAAAAGGAAACAUAAUAAUAAUAUCAAUCUUAAAGUUAAACUCAAGAAAAAUAAUUUGUUUAAUAACAACAAUAAACUAGACCAUAAGUUUCUGGAUAUAAAUAUAAUUAAGCAGCUAGAGAAGGUAAAACUUAAUACCAACUUAAAGAUGAAGAUAAAAAUAAUAAAUAAAAAGAUGGAUUUAGACCACCUUCUUCAAAUAAUUAAACAGCUUCUAGAAAUUAACCUUAAUAAUAGAUUACAACUUAGAUAUCCUAACAAAAAUAAUAAACUAAUUAAACAUAAAAUUAAAGACAGUAGAACAAUUCUUAAAAAGAAGAAAAAGCUUAUUUUGAUAAUUAAUAUGAAAGAUAAUAAUAUAUUAAUAAAUAAUAGUAAUCAAUUUAGCCACAAACAUAGUAAUAAUAAAAAUAAAAUACUUCUAGCUACUCAUAAAUUUAAAAAAGUUAAUAACAAUUUAAUAAUUAAAAUAAAAGAACUGAUUUAAAAAGACCAGAUACAGCUAUAGCAAGAGAAAUUCAAAAAUAAAUGGAAUUAGAAGAAGAAUUUGGAAUAAGUUCAGAAGAGUACCUUCUAUAAUAAUAAUUUAAUUAAAAGUCUCAUGAAUAAAAUUAGUAAUAACCACCACCAAUAUAGAAAGUAGCUCCUCCUUAACCUAUGAUACCAGCAGCUAGAAUUCCUUAGAAUCAUGACAAUUAGGAAUUCGAUAUUGAAGGUAUAUCGGAAGAAGAAAAAUACAUAUAAUAAUAGAUAAUGGAAAGCUUAAAAUUUAAUUAAAAGAAACGUUGAGUGAUA